CCCUCCCUCGCCUGUCUUGUCUUCCCAUGACUUCUGAUGCCACCCAAUCCGUCGUCGCCUCUUCCUCAACGCUCUGGGCGCAAGCGUCCAAGGAAUGGGUAAUUCCCGCCAAACCGAAACCUGGAAGGAAGCCAAAGAAAGACGCCGCUCCGCCCAAAGAAGCACAGGAGGUACGUGCACCUACGUCCUCCUCCAUCAUAUGUCCGCCGCCAAGCCUUUCUCACACAAUGCCGGACCAGGUCGACAGUAAGGGUCGACGCGUACAGAACCGUGCUGCCCAGCGUGCAUUUAGAGAGCGCAAGCAAUCUCAGUUAGCUGACCUACAGGCUCGGCUUCAAUCCUACGAACAAGGAGAAAUCGAACGUAAUGUUGCUCUCCAGAAGAUCUCCAAGCGCCUCAAGGAGGAAAAUGAGCAACUCAGAAACGAAAAUACCUCCCUCAAGGAGGAGAUCUCGCGUCUCAAGGAACAGGCUGCGGCCUCCUCCGCUGGCCCAUCUACUUUAUCUUACCUUCGCGAUAAGGAAGACGGAAGCAGAAGUCUCAAGCGGUGGAGGGAUGGCUCCGUAUGUUCAAUCCUAAGUGACGAUGCUAGCAUAGUCUUGGAGUCUGCCAAUCGCAAACGGUUUCGAACGGAAACCGUAUCUCCAGGCCCAUCAGUUACGGUUCCUCAGUAUGCGCACGAGGUCGCAUACACGCCGUCGCCUCCUUCAGCGGCAUCUUCCCCAGACUCUUAUGGCAUUUCGCGCACUCCCUUUUCGCCAUCACCCUUCGCGACGGCGCCCGCUGCCUGUGCAUCGAAUCAUGCGGCAUCUUCGUAUCCUACAUCUUCAGUCUUCUCUCCUCCACCUGAGGGUCAAAAAUCGUUCGAUGCCCUCGCAAGAACGCCUCCGUUUGAUGCUUUUGAUUGUGGCUUGUGUACAGACAACACGCCAUGUGUAUGCCGUGAAAUUGCCAUGCAACAUGCCAACGCUGUAUCCGGACUUUCUGGAUCCGUCUCCGAGUACGGAAAUAACCUGCUGGCAGUUCAGAACGGGACGAUGACAGUACUCAAAGCCGAGGACUCGGAUAAUCGCGCUGUAAUUUCUACGACUAACAUUAUCAAGAUUCCGUCUGCUUCAGACGAUGUGGAUACUUCAAGGUCUCCCAACCCUGCAAUCGUUGGGAAGACUUCCCAUCAAUAUUCUGUGCAAUCCCGACAAGAAACUCUAUCGGACCAUCGGACGAAUACCAGUGGGCCUUUCCAGAUCCGCCUGCCUUCACCUGAACCUGCUCCCACCCCCUCUAGUACUUCUUCCUCUCGGUCUGUACCUCUGCGCUUGAAGAAUGCACGUCGAACCACAUCAGGCAAGGUCUGGCAGAUCAACCCGUCCCCUCCGACAUGUUCGGGUGACCCGUCGAAUUGCCCUGCGUGUAAGGACGACGAUUUCGGCAAGGCGUUCUGCCGUGCUCUGGGAGACUCAGCCAGUGUCGUAUCGCGGGCAUGUGCUUCCUGCCCUAAUCCUGAGGCAUGUGGGAGGGUCUCUCGGUCGGCAUGUGCUCCUGGGCCAAGUUCUAUCCCCUUGUCGAGCCAGGACUCGUCGGAAAAGAUGAAUUUGAAUAGAUCAACUUCCUCAGGGUCUGAGCAAGAUCGAAAUACCGGCGAAGCUUCGUUGCUCAACAGUUCGGGGCGAUCUUCCGCUACAUUGCCCUCUCACUCUGCUGCCACUAACCAACAAGGUGUAUUGCUAUCUACUCCGUCUAGGCCUGGUGGGAAAUCCGUUGGACCGUCUGAGACAAUCCCCGUAAAUGAAGCAUGGGCGCGGCUCAAGUCACACCCGAAUAUUGCCUUCGCGGACCUAAGUAUGCUCGCCGAUGUUGUGGCUCGCAGGACGAAAUGCUCGGGACCUGUUGCAGUGAUAAAUCCGGCUCCGGGCUCAGUUACUCCAGAACGCGAUGCUGCGCGGAGUCCGGCAUCGCCGGAGUCUGGAAUGACAAUGCAGCAGGGCUCUGAGAAUCCUCAAGAGAAAGACAGUAAUUCUGUUCUUCUCACGGACCCUCAUGCCCACUUCCGAGAACAAGAACAGCAGCGGGCGAAGGUUCCGACGAUGGUACCUUUCAAUGAUUCUACCUCCAGUUCUGCCGUUUCGGUACCCCAAACAACUCCUUCGUCGGCAUUGAGUCUUGGACCCGGCGCUGUUGGCCGUCCUGCUCUCGUACCCCAAGAAGAGUUGCGUGAAUGUGGACGACGUCGCAUCCGGGAAGUUGACGCAGCGGGUGUGCGCGAGGCACUUCGGAUCCUCGAUGCUCAGUUCGGCAAGCAUUCUUGAUGCGCCAUUGGUCUACCAUGCGUGAUACCCUACAUGUGGUAGCCGCACCACUCCUUGGGAGUGCAGUUCUUGGAAAGGUGAAGUCAAAGAUCCGGAACAACGGAAAUUUCACAGAAGUCAUGUUGCUGGGUAUUUCGUACUAUUAAAGAUCUCUUAGAUUUCAAGGUUAGGUGCAGUCACACAGUCAUUUAUAUUCUUAUGCUAUUCCCCAGUGCGCCGAACUUACCACAAUGUAUCAUAGCGUUUUUCUCUCAUUAUACCAUAUAUGCAUCCCUAACCGUUGAUAUUACUACCUAUGAAUAGUAUGUAUGCAUCUAUAUUAAGUGAUUU